UACGUACAUGUAUAUAAUUACGCAUUAUCUUUAAAGCUGGAGAUAAUUCGAUACAUGAACGUCUGGGACGCAUCGCGACGUGUCUUCUUAUUUAAUACCAACAAGACAUAUAUCUAAAUAAAUGUUUUAUUGAAAAUUCGACAAUAGUACAAGUUUCAGAUAUUGCGUAGCUGCUCGCUUGCUCUUUUAUUAUCGGAAUAAAAAACAGUGUUCAAUCAAACUUAAAACGUAAGGUGGUACAGAUUGAAAUAUCGUGCUGAAUAUGCAACGAUGUUUGUGACUCGGGGCGAGGCUCAGUCCGGAGACACGCGAAGCCUCCCCGAUUCUCUAAUUUUAACGAACAAUAGUAUUGUGAGGAGAGUUCGCGUGCCUACCUACGAGAUGUACAAAACUCGCUGGCGCAACGGUGAAAUGUAUCUCUCGCUAGAUCCAGAAAUACAGAGACAUUACUGGGCCGCGUCGAUGCUCCUUCCCAUCGGAACUGUUAUCGUUCUCGCUCUGGUAGUCCUCCUAAUGGUUUUGUUCAAGAGAUGCCCGCAGAUGGUCGCCGCGAUUGUCGCAGCCAUCCUCGGGAUUAUUAUCAUUUUCACGGCUUUAAUGUCGAUCAAUCACGCUCCGAUUUACGCUUAAAGUUUCACGCACACCAUACACACGCGAUGCAACGUCCUAUCGUUGACGAUAGUAAACAAUUGCAAACACACUCACGCGAUAUUUUUCUAAUACAUAUAUUUUCUUAA